AUGUACAUUGUGACCUUUCAGUGCAGCUGCCUGAGAGGCUGCACAUGCAGAACAGACGGACCGGAGCUGAAAUACGACGACUUUAAACGUAUAAACCCUUCUUAAAUGGGUUUAUCACAACAUCAGCCGUUACUUUCGUGGCUCCCGUUUACCUCGACCGACUGUUGUGGAUGGAUUACAAUAUUCACCGUCUCACCGAGAAGCCUUACGACGCCCAGUCAGCAGCGGCAGCCAUCGCUCCGUCAUUGACGCUGGAGAAAACUGUAAUCUGCCUCUGCAAUGGCAGUCUUUAGUCACCAGGUGCUCCUUGCAGUCACAAGAUCCAGGGGAUCAUAUUUGUUAUCCAAGAGGCACAGCUGCUCGUCUCUGUCUUCCAAAGCCUAUCUUCACAUAGACCCUCCCCGCCACAUCUCGUCCUCACUCACACUCAGGCACUACCGCUACGGCUACCCCCACUGUUACCGCGGCCACGCCCUCAGCCGUGGCCACAACUCCGCCCUGCUCGCUCGCUCUCUACACAGCUCAGGUGUUUGGCUCCAAGACAUAAAGAAGGAGGAUGCUAAAACUUCACUAGCUGCUUCCCAGGAUGUUUCUGCGGGAGCUAAAAAGGACUCUGUAGCUGCUGCACAGCAGACACAACCUCCAUCAGCCUCGACUCCGACGCCAACCCCCACAGCGGCCGCCAUCCCUCCAGUGCAGGAGAGGGCAGUCGUGAAAAAGGCUCUGCAUGUGAGGAUAGUGGACGAGUUGAAGCAUUACUACAAUGGCUUCAGGUUACUCGGCAUCGACAUCAACAUUGCAGGCAGAAUGGUGUGGAGACUGCUGCACGGACAGGUGCUCACGCGUAGGGAGAGGAGAAGGCUGAUGAGGACCUGCGCUGACCUGUUCCGUCUGGUGCCCUUCAUGGUCUUCAUCAUCGUUCCUUUCAUGGAGUUCCUUCUUCCCGUCUUCCUCAAACUCUUCCCAGAGAUGCUGCCCUCCACCUUCGAAACAGAGACCAAAAAGGAGGAGAAGCAGAAGAAAGGUCUGGCAGCGAAGCUGGAGCUGGCCAAGUUUCUCCAGGAAACCAUCGCUGAGAUGGCUCGAAGAAAUAAAGCAAAAGCUCAGACAGAAGAUGAGACGCAGCGCUUCUCCACAUAUGUUCAGAAGGUUCGGGGCACAGGCGAGCAGCCCACCACGAAGGACAUCGUCCGGUUUUCGAAGCUGUUUGAGGACGAGCUGACGCUGGAGCACCUGGAGCGCCCCCAGCUCGUGGCUCUGUGUAAACUGUUGGAGCUGCAGCCCAUCGGCACAAACAACCUGCUGCGUUUUCAGCUGAUGAUGCAACUCAGAACCAUCAAGUCAGACGACGAGAUGAUUGCAGCAGAGGGUGUGGCAGCUAUGAGUGUGUCAGAAUUACAGGCAGCGUGUCGUAGUCGAGGGAUGAGGUCUCUGGGUCUCACCACCGACCAGCUACGUCAGCAGAUGCAGCAGUGGCUGGACCUGCACCUGAAGGAGAACGUUCCUCCAUCGCUGCUGCUGCUCUCCAGAGCCAUGUACCUGACUGACCUCAAACCAAAACCUCCAGUCAUCCCACCUGUUCCCAAACUAGAGAAGUCCACACCUCCUCCAGUGGAGAAUACAGGAGCAAACACGACCUCGGUCAGCACCGACAUGUUGGCGGACCCCGCUAUCAUCAUCAAAGAGAGACCGGUGGAGGAGAUAAGAGACAAGGCUCCUUUGGUGUCAGACAAACCUCUGACUCCUGCUGAAGUCCUUCAGGCUAAAGCAGCAACAGAGGUGUCCCAGAAGAGCAAGAUGAGUGCCAACGGUGUGUAAAGUGAAGCAGGAGCCUCUGGACCGAAGGGAGGAUGGACGCAGCUCUGUGUCCUCUUGGGGAGAGGGACGACUGGGAUGUGGUGGUCAGAUGACGAGCCAUUGAUGGUCUACAUUUCAGUAGCCCUCAAUUACAUUGAAGCUCCUUUUUUUGGACGAGAGGGAAUCACCGGCUGUGUUCAGCAUUGUGUCUGAAUGUUGAGGACACAACUCAUCCAGGAAUUCCCUUCUUGUCCGUCUCUGUUAAGGAAAGUCUGCUGCCUCUUCUGCUUCGUCUCAGCAGCUGCUUGUUUAUACCCUCUAUUUUUACGUGUGUGCACUCCGUUCUCUGUCACUCUCCGUUAGAGCUGGAAAAACCAGCCUGACGUGUCACUGGACUGGCAGACCACUGAUGGUAUGAUCACUUUGACCUGAUGUCCUGGAUGUGACGCCCAAACCGCCCACAGCAGCGCCUGGUCAGCUGAUGGCGUCUCCUUACAGUCUAGUCGGUUUCCUCCUUCUCCUCCUCCUGUAAAUGUGUAAAUAUGCUGUAAAUUUGUGUCUCUGUCUUACAUCGCAGCAGCAGCAGCUUUGUACAUUUUGCUAUGCAAAGUCUCUAGAAAAAUUUCAAGGUGUUCUCUCUUGGCAGUUUCAUUUUGUUUUAUUUCCAGUCCUUUUCGGGAUAUCAUAGAAGUCAUCCUUUUUUUUUUUUUUUAAUAUAUUGCUGAACUUUUUGGUUUAGUCCCACCUCCAUCCUGGCUCAGUAAGCUGGACCAUGGUGAUGUGUUCAAGCAGACGGCACAUCCUGAACCUGCGAUUGAAUAAAAAAAAACUUAUUUCUGCAGAUUUGGACCGGCCCUGCCUCUAAACAGGGUGACAAAGCGUAGUUGCUUGCUGCUGCAAUUAGUAAAUGAAGACUGGUAUAAUAUAAGAGAGGUCACUCCUUAAACCCAGAGGUGACUGUGUGUGUGUGUGCAGUCCGCCUCCGCUGGUAAACCACUGAAAGAACAAUCUGUAUAAACUGUGCAGAUUUUAUUUGCAUAUACAGUGUAUGUAUUGUGUUUUAACACUAUGAUGAUACUGUAAACUGAAAAGAGAAAAUACUUGAUGUUAUCCAUAAAGAUAUAUUAUUAAUUUUUUUUGGGAGGGGGGGGGAGGGGGGGUGCUUAAAUUUUGAAGCCACAGAUGAGAUUAAUGUUAUUUUUGGUAUUGUGGCGGUAAAAGAGGUAAAGCAUUAUGAUUGAUUCGCCCAAAUAUCCUACUGCAUUACAUGACCCUACAAGCUGUUAUAGAAAGGUUUACCACAUAAACGUGUACUGUAUAAUACAGUUUUGUGUGACAGUACUUAAGAUUUUCCAUCCCUCUUUAUACAUUGACUUUGUUGGAGUGAAUUUUUGUCUCCAUAUUUUUCCUCAUUGCUAUUUAUCGAGAAGUGGAUGCCAUAAACUAAAAUAAUAUUUUCAAGCAAAAGAAAAAUAUAUUGCUAACAAAGAUUUUUAUUGGUUUUACAUAUGUGCCUAAAGUUAAAGGGCGAUUGUGUUUGCAUUUUUCAUCAGAGAGCAGAUUUUCUAUAUUGUAUUGUUUUCAGUUUGCACAUUUACCUUAGUGUGUUUAAAGCGCCCAUUUGCACCUUUUCUCUUUAGUGUAAUGUCUCCUUAUCCCGUCUCCUAUUUUAUCCAACUAUCAAUCCUUUCUCCACUGAUGAAAAAGCAAUCACCUUUUCAAUCAGCUCUGCACUCGAGGUGCAAAGGGUAUCCAAAGUAAAAAGAAUCAGAACAGUUGCUUUAUCGUCUCUGCUGCCAUAUUUGAAAAUAUCUGAGACAUUUCGACGUGAACUGAUUUAAGCAGCAUUUAUUUAUUUUUUUUGGAAACAAAGGGUUGGUGCUUUUUAACACCUGUCACUGACCUGCUGAGAAAGUGUUGUGCUGCUCCUCAGAGUUGUAGAGUCGAUCUGUUGGGAGGUUUUCUGAUGUCUACUGCAUGAUUAAAGGACUGCACAGCAAUGGGAAUGGCUGGACUGGUUUCAUGUUUCUGCUGUCCCUCCGAGACCCUGAAACAAAUAAAAGUAAAACAUCACCUCCAGUUAUUGGAGAAGGUGCAUUCAUCUGCAUCCACAACUCGCGUCUAACAUUACCUUCCUCGUGUCGCCUCUUUCAUUCAUCAGCAUCAUAGUGUUAGUUAAACGACACGAUGCCUGUCUGGAAGCUACAACUUCCCACUGCAACCUCACUGGUACAUCAGUGCCAUCGUGAUGUGUCCUCUGUCUUUAAGGAUUGUUUCUUUCAGUUUAAAAAUGCACUGCUGCCCAGCUAGUUCUGACCCUGCAUUAAAUCCAUGCAUCACUUUACCAUGGCAUACGAGUGUCUGGGUGAUGGAGAAAAAAGAAUUCACACGAUUAAAAUCAUUAAACCC